GGGAUGUCGCGUAUACUGAGUGUUUGCACCUCUUGCCGAGAAGGGGAAAGAUGGCGGAAAGGUGUGGAGCACCUGGAAGGAGCCGGCUCUGUUAAACUUGCAAGACAAUAAAGAACAGCCGCGAAUCUGCAAGGCAGGCGUAUUUCAAACGAAAACACAAGAACACGUCCUUCUGCAGAAUCGGAACCGAGAAGCGGUGGUUGACUUUUCCCUUUUUCUGUUUUUUUUUUUUUUUUUUUUUUUUUGUGCGUGGUAACUGCAUGAGGGGGUGCUGAGACUGAGACAGUAGUAGUAAGUGAGUGUCAGGGAGGAAGCGAAGAGUGGUGACUUGUGUAGUGCUAUCUGCGCAGAGUAUUGUUAUUUUUGCAAGGGGGGGGAUGUUCUCCUUACUUUCCUAUGGCAGACUGGUUGCCAGGGCUGUCCUGGGCGGACUUUCCCAAACAGACAGCCGGGAUUACAGCCUGGUUACAGCAAGCUGCGGCUUCGGAAAGCAUUUUCGGAAGGGUAUUUUGAAGAAAGGGAUGUGUUACGGGGAUGACGCCUGCUUCAUUGCCCGACAUAGAUCUGCAGAUGUCUUAGGUGUGGCAGAUGGCGUGGGGGGGUGGAGGGACUAUGGCGUCGACCCCUCUCAGUUCUCAGGGACUCUGAUGCGAACAUGUGAGCGUCUGGUGAAGGAAGGCAGGUUCAUGCCGAGCAGUCCUGUGGGAAUCCUCACCACCGGCUACUAUGAACUGUUACAGAACAAAGUUCCUCUAUUGGGGAGCAGCACGGCAUGCAUUGUGGUGCUGGACAGGCGCAGUCAUCAGCUGCACACAGCUAACCUGGGGGACUCUGGUUUCCUGGUGGUGAGGGAGGGCGAGGUGGUGCAUCGAUCGGACGAGCAGCAGCACUACUUCAACACCCCCUUCCAGCUGUCCAUCGCCCCGCCCGAGGCUGUGGGGGCUGUCCUGAGCGACAGCCCUGAAGCUGCCGAUAGCUCCUCUUUUGAUGUCCAGCUGGGCGAUAUUAUCCUGACGGCAACCGAUGGACUUUUUGACAACAUGCCAGAUUAUAUGAUCCUACAAGAAUUAAAAAAGCUGAAGAAUACUAACUAUGAGAGUAUACAGCAGACUGCCAGGAGCAUCGCAGAGCAGGCCCACGAGCUAGCCUAUGAUCCAAAUUACAUGUCGCCUUUUGCACAGUUUGCGUGUGACAAUGGACUGAAUGUACGAGGAGGGAAGCCUGAUGACAUCACAGUUCUGCUGUCUAUAGUAGCAGAGUACACAGACUAGUGGCACUGGAGAGCCCUGUUGUCUUCCUCAAUCAUGUUCUGUUCUACCAUUUCCUGCUGGCAGGACUGUGGACUCCCCUCCCCUUGCAGCUAAACCCCCAAGGCCAGUUAUUCCCUGGGUCUGUAGCCACACUUCCACCACUACCAAGGAGAGCGUACAUCUUCCUGCAAAGCAACCAGGACAGUCCUAUACAGAAGAACUUUUUACCACCUUUUUAGGCAUUGGGUAGACCUUAUUUAUCAUGGAAUCAUUCACAGGAACACGCUUGGCAGUGCCUGGUACGUCUUGGUUUCAGUCUGUGAGCUGUUUUUCCAUAAGUGCUGCUCAAUGUAAUUUGUUUAUUGUCCAGCAGGUGGCUGUAGAGACGUCACAUGCCUUUAAUAUUAGUUGUCUUGGUCCCAGUCACUUUCUGAAAAAUAUACACAUUUAAAUGUGGGGCCUUUGGAUCCCCUUUCCCCUGACUGCAAAUGUACAAACUCAAACAGGAGCAGAAAUAUAUGUUUGAUUCACCCCCACCCCCCCCAUGUUCUUGUAUUUUAGUUUUUCAGACCUAUAUGGACAGAAUUUGUGAGUCUGUGUGCAGGUGUUUAUUGCUGCUGCCUAAAUACUGAUCUGGAGUCAGUUGGGUGGCAAAUAUGAGGAACUCCAAAGUGAACAGGGAAUGAACUCUGGUCUUCUUGCCUAUGGAAAAACUGCUCCUAAUGUUUCCAAGGUUUGAUCAUCCACCAGUCAUAGAUCCUGUGUCUCUAUCCGAUUCCAUUUCAGUCUUCGAAGCAGAUACUGUAAAUGGCUUCCAGUCUGGGAAGGGGGUUGGCUUGGUUUAAAAUUGUCCUCGGGCACUGGCAAAGGUUUAAAAGUUGAAGCUUCCUAAUCAAUUACUUGCACUUAUAAACAAUGGAGAUGUGUGGGUUCAGUGAUGAAUGAGAGAAUGUAAAUUGUGAUUGCAUUUAAAGAAAAUAAACCAAGGCAUAGCGGUACGUAAAGGUCUGUCACAUUGGUUGGAAGAAAACUCUAGCUGAAACGGCAGGCUUGUACUUUUUUGCUAUGCUUCGUUUUCAACAAAAAAAAAGUUAGAACUCGGUGAUGUUUCGUCAUCUGUUUGAGUGGCAUGUAUGAUAGCAUUUUGGAGAGCAUGGCUGUUGGUGGAACUGUCCCAGUCCCGUUUUUGUUCUGUGUUUUUAAAGUUCUGUAAUGCUGGUUUUAAUAGAAUUAAGAAAGGAUGAUGUUUUGUUGCAGCACCUUAGUGUUGACAUUUGUGUAAGGGCAGAUGGAUUUGCUUCCUAUGGUCUCUUAAAGGACAUCUAUAUUGAAUUUGGAGGUUGGAGACAGUAACACGGUUGUCUGAGUAUUUGUAGUUAGAUAAAGUUUCAAUUCUGCUCAGAAACACCAUCAAAACAUCAAAAGGUUAGAGGUCAAAUGUCUUAAACUUCUGGCCUGUCAAUCUAGCACAGAAUUCCUCUUUUAAACACAGGUUUUUUAUUCAGUUAAUGCAGGUGGAAAUCAUUAUGUGUCUGGAUUGGGAGUGAAAACCAAAACUUAAGUGAAGCUUUUUUUUUUUUUUUUUAUUCCUGGAAAUGUUGAUGGAUUUCUGAAAGAGCAAAGGUGGACAAAUUCUGGUUCUUUCCCCAAAGCCAUGUACAGUCCUUUGUGUUUUUAUAAAGAGCAAGAUUGCAAACAAGUCCUUCUACAGCUGUGGGUGCAGAAUGUUUAAUGGCUGCUGUUCAGUGCAUGGACUGCAUUGAAGCAGGACCGGGGACUUGGGUUGGUUUCAAGAGCAGAAAAUGCAGACCAGUCACAUCUGAAACCAAACGAUUUCUCAGAUACCUCGCUGGUCACAUGUGUCACAUGUCAGGGUGUUCUGAGCGAGCUCUGAAUUAAACACACGCCCUGUUAUGUCACUGGAUAACCAAGUCUAGCUAACUUGUCACUGCUGAGUGUGUGUGUUUGUGUAACGUUAUAACCAGGUCCAGCUAAUUUAGCACAGCAGAGUGUUUGAGUUUGUAUAACGUUACCUUUCUCAGUUGGGACUGUAACUCCUGGAAGCGUGUCUGGGUUCUGGGUUCUUUUUCUUUUUUUUUUUUUUUUUUUUUUUUUUAUAACCUUUAUGAAAAAUACCAUUAAUGCACAAGAAUAAUAAGUUUGUAUCUGAGUGCUUUUGUGAACAGGUAUGUUAGGUCAGAAAUGAGUAAUGAAUAAUAAAGGUUUAUUUUUAUAACUUUAUUUUUUUCCUUUAAGUUCUAUAGUAUAUAUAUAUAAAAAAAUAUGGUUCUUGUACACAGAAUUUUACCACAGCCAGAUAAUUUAAUGUAUCCCACUAUGGAGUUCCUAAAGCCAUCUUUUACAAAUAGACCUCUCUCUCUCUGUCUCAAUCAGGUAACUUGUUUGUGAAAGGUCUUCUAAACAUUAGUGUGUUAGUGUUACAUUCACAUGUUGAACGUCAGGAUUUUCGUUUUUUUUUUUUGUUGUACUGUAUAUUUGCAUAACUAUUUCUGUGCAGCUUUUUUAUUUUGUAACUUUAAAAUUCAACUUUUACAUGUACCGUGUACAUGUCGAUUUUACUUUAUUUAAAUACACAUCAUGCUUCUAACAGGCAUUUCAUUUUUAAGCUUUUCACUAGUUAAACUAAGGAAUUGAUUCAUUUGACUAUUCCUGUAUUUACAUGGUCUGCUCCUCCUCUGUGCAGUGAAGCUUUCUGUCUACUGCCCAGCUGAACUGGUACUCUUGUUAAUUCAUUAUUGGAUUUUAAAGACAUUUGCUGGUAAAACCUUAAGUGUAUGUUGGUACUAGGUGUAGAAUGACUAUAUAUUUGCCAGUCAAACAGUUGAUACUUAAGAAAUGAUUAACAAAUCAUGUAUUUGAUAAUGUUGGCUGCUUUAAUUUGUAGUUUUGUAAACUAUUUACAAACAGCUUGGAUUUAAAAAAAAAAAAAAAAAAACACAACUCCUGAAAUUUCUUUUUUCUGCAAUGGCUUGCAAUUGCACUUGAGACAUCUUGUCUGAAACCACACUUCACAAUUAAUUUCCAUUUAAUUUAAACAGCCUAAGACAAUUCAGAUAUUGACAUUGCUAGUUCAUCACGAGUACACACUUUUUAAAUAUGCAAAUAUAUUAAUGUGCUGCUCUGAAAUUGAAACGUGUGGUUUGGGACUAUUUGGGUCUAUUCUGAUUUAAUACAGUGACAGAUCUAAAUAUUGUCUCCCUUCUGUUUAUAAGCAUCUUGACUAAGUGACUGGCAUUAAGACAAGCAGUGUCGUAAAGUGAAACUCCUCGGAUGCUGGGUGAUAGGCAGAGACUUUCUCUCUUCAUUUAUUUUCCUAGCAGGUGCACCAAAGACCAGUUUUUCCCAUGUGUUUUGUCAGUGGUGUGUGUUGUGUGUGUUUAGAAAGCAAUACUGUAAUAUAACAAACUGUCUGUUUUUGCUGUGCUUUUUCUCCCUCACCUGAUGUCUGUACAUGUGUAUUUUUCAGGUUGCCUGCGCUCCGAACAUAUCUAGCAGUUGUGUGUUUCCUCCUGUAAGGCUGUAUGUGCACAGAUAUUUAAAGAAAGGCCCAGGGGCCUCCUGACCAUGUUCAUAAGGAUACUGUAGUUAAUGGAUUUACUGUAAACAAAGGUAGUGUUGUGAUUGUUGCUUCAUCGCGAUGAGAACUGUGAUAUCGAAGUUGUCCACUGAAAGUUCUGAAUUUGUAAACCUUAUGUAUAAAAUUACACAUGCAAAAUGUGAAUUUGGUUUAGAUUUUCAGUAUUUUGCUUUGUCAUAAAUAUUGUGCUCUGUGCAUUUUAAGUGUAGUGUCUCAAUACAGAUCUCAAUUAUAGGAUAUAGUAUCAAUUUGGAAGCCAGACAGGAUACGAGACCUGCCAAAAGGGGAUCAGUCCAAAUGCCUAGACGUGACAUAGUGGACGCACCCUGUUCUGAUCCUGAGUUUGCGUUGACUUGGUUUGGUCUCUAGUGCUGUUUUAAUAAGCUUCAGAAGCACUCCCAAUGUCAAACUUGGUGGUUUAUUUUCAAGGUAACUGCUUUUAUUCAUUAGUCAAACUGAGUCCCUAUGUAAAACGAGCUGUAUUUUUAGCAAGUUUGGAACUUGCUGUUGUAGACUGUGGAACUCCUUGAUUUAACAUUCUUGUGAUCUUGUCUUUGGUAAGGUAACACAACAAAUAUUUUGAAGUUAUUUAAUCCUGGCUGGAGAGCAAAUGCUUUCCUAUUUUGUUUUCAGUUCAAUUAACCUUUCAGUGGUAAACCAGAGACAGUAGAAAAGUAUGUGCACCACAAUUGAAUAAACUGUUCUCAAUGUUAAACAAAUAAUAAUAAAAAGUAUGUCAUGUGUCUGUGGUGUAUGUGUGAAGGCAAGCUAAUUGAAUCAGGUAUGAAGUGGAGGUGUAGGAAAGAGUUGGCAUUUCAAACACACCCCAUGUUCGUCUGCUGUUCCAUCUGUUUAAGGCCUUGCAAAGCUAGCUUGCCCAAUCUCGAAAACCAGAAUGUUAUCAAAUUCUACUCUUGAAGGUGCUUCUGCUUUCAGGUCCAGAUUUGAACUUUCUUACUUGUUCUCUAUCGCUCGCUUGCUGUGGAGGCAUUUGCUGUGUACAAUACAAUAAUGCAGGAAUAGUUUCUGUACAUAUGUUUUAAGAGCUGUACAAUAUUUAAAUAAAGAAUAUAGUAUUUAUA